CAUGAGGGUGGCGCAUGCGCACUGCGGCCCCGGCUGCUCCAUGGCUGAUGUGUUGGAGUGAAGACGAGGGUAAGGUCUGAAAUGGCAGAGGAUGUCAGUCAGGAUGAGAUCAAUAUGGAGAGAAGCACUGCACUUCUUGGACCAGAUGCUGACAUAACCGAAGACUCCGAAGCAGAACAACAGGUCUUCCAGCAAUUAACCUGGAUUGAUGAUGGGGAUACAGCGUUCGGAAGGAACGAUCCUAUCACUGUCAUUCCUAUCACAGUGCACAUUACAGAUGACCCUCCUGCUUCCCAGAAUGCUACUGUGCAGCUGUCCCAACAAACACCAACUCUACCAAAUGAACAAUUUCAGCUGAUGGAUCAGAAUGGGCAGCCUCUCCAAUAUGAACUUCAGUCUUUGGGGGAACCAAGUGCACGGAUGAUGAUUGUAACCAGCCAGUCGGACAGCGGCCAGCUGCUUCAUGUGAUUCCUUCCAACCAACCAGGGGUGGCUCAGGUGCUGAUUCCACAAGGGCAGCUUCUUGAUGUCGCAGGCUCACAGGAUGAUGCUGAAGACAAACAGAUCAGCGAUGAGCUUCAGACAGUAACUGUUGGUGCCAUUGCAGAGAACGCCGGCUAUGUUUUACAUCCUCAGUCUUCAUUACUGCUGUACAGGAAGACCUCACUCAGAAUGGUUGAAGAUAAUUUUCCGGUCCCAUUACAGUCUUUGCCACAGAACACCCCUGUUUGGGCUCGGCGAAUCCGGAGCUGCGAGAAAAUUGGAGACUCUUACCGUGGAUUCUGCGAGAGUGAAGCGGAACUGGAAAGCGUACUGACCUGGCACAAGCAGGAGACCCAAAGUGUGUGGGGGACGCGCCAGUCUCCGAGCCCUGCCAAACCUGCCACCAGGCUGAUGUGGAAGUCCCAGUACGUUCCAUAUGACGGCAUUCCAUUUGUCAAUGCAGGAAGUAGAGCGAUAGUGAUGGAAUGCCAAUUUGGACCAAGGCGUAAAGGUGUCCAGAGUAAGAAAACUGUGGAACAGGAAAGCAACUCUAAUCACAAUUACAAAGCUACAUGUGCUGCACGAAUCUACAUUAAAAAAGUGCGGAAAUUCCCAGAAUACAGGGUUCCCACAGACCCCAAGAUUGAUAAGAAAGUAAUACGACAAGAGCAGGAGAAGGCCUUCAAUAUGCUAAAAAAGAACGGAUUUGAUGCAGGUGGAGUUGUCAGAUGGUACGUGCAGUUACCCACGCCGCAGGCACACCAAUACCAUGAUCAGGAGGGCGUCUACCUACAACCGCCACCUCCACCAUCCCCGCCACCAUUUGUUGCAGUGGAAGAAGAAGACAUUGGGGCUGUGGAUGAAAAUGACACCUUGUCCUCUCGCCUGCACCCACGGGUGUCUGAGAAGAUUCGUGAACUGGUCGCUCAGGGGCUGGACCAGGUUUACACAGUCCGGAAACAGCUAAGAAAAUUUGUGGAACGGGAACUAUUUAAACCCGACGAUGUUCCUGAGCGACACAAUCUCUCCUACUUCCCAACGGUCAAUGACAUCAAGAACCACAUCCACGAGGCACAGCGAGCCUUGCAGAGAGACAAGCUGGAAUACAUGCCUGGAUCCAUGACUGCAGCGUUGCAGUGGACAGCCUCCAAUGGAAGUUUACAUACUGAGACAGUCACGGUCACACUUGCCGCUGCACAUGAUGAUGAGAAUGUUACAUCCAAUUCGAUCAUGACUAAGGGGGAGCUGGCCCAGGUGGGAAAUGCAAUUUCUCCAGAGGCAGCUCAGCUUCCGUCUUCGUUGUCCUCUCUGCAACCAAAGCUGUUUGCACAGUUACAGGGAUUACAGCUUCAACCAGCCUUCAGUUCCCCCGACACAAGUACAGCAGUUGUUACAUUGAGUGCCCAUCAAUCGAGCAUCACCAACACUUUGGCAGUGCUCGACUCAAGCGGCCUCGAGCAGCAGGAAGAGGAGCACCAGCAGGUAUUCAGCCAAGAUCAUUUCCUGCAGCUCAGCAGCUCACUGUCAGACUGCGACUCUGCAGCUUCAGCCAUUGUCAACGUCUCAGUAUCUGAGCAGAACGUGAGGCAGCUGGUAACAGUGAGAGAUACUGGCCUUGAUGGAGGAGUCCACCAGAUUCUGCUUGGGCCAGGACAGACCAUCCCUGUACAAAUCAUGGAUGCCACUUCACCCUCCACAGUCACCCGGGACAGUUCUGUAAGCUACAUGAAAGAAGAGCUGGAAGAUGGGCGUUUAUCUGGAAUUGGUUCCUGCACAUCAGAGAUAGCAGCACCAGGAGACUGACCCGCUGCUUCCAGUCUGCGGGCUCUAAAGAAACAAAGGUGGUUCCCAGUGACUGGUGCUGAACAGCACCCUGGUGCUUGGAGCAGUACAGAAUCGCACGGAAUACAUGGGAGUUGUCGGGGACAGAUCAGGGCCUUGUUAAAGGUUCCCUUCUUCUCCUGUAACAGUAACAUUAUUUGCCUGAUUUACAAGGCAGGAUAUUUGCAUGGAAUUUUUGCUGCUUCAUAAAAAUGAACUUUAUUGGGAUUGACUGACAAAACAUAGAAGCUGCUGAAAAGGAGAGUACCCAAGUACACUAUUGAUUUACCUAAGGUAUACUCUUAAACAUUGUUGAAAACUAAUACAAGGCAAGCAUUGCAUGCAGGUCUAUAUUCACCAGCUGGGAAUAGAUCUUGUACUGGAAUGUAUCAAGAUUAUCUUAAGGACAUGUCUCCACAGGUCUACUGCAGCCCUCGGUUUGAGGCUGUUGUUGCUCACAGUGUUUCACAGUCAACUUGUGAUUAUUUGUGGUGCUGGUACUGGAUCUCUGUGCUGGUGAGAGUACAUGAAUAAAGAGCAUGCUGGAUCUGAUCAGGCCAAA